AUGUCGUGGGUUCGCGUCGAGUGCAGCGGUGGCUAUUGCUACGCAGCUCCUUCUCACGGCCGGUGCGUCCCCAAGCUGGAUGGAAUGGCGCGGCUCUUUCAGGUCCCAUUCUGCCUUCGGCAGCUACACACCUUCACCACACUGAGCGACAAUGCCCCUGCCAUCUCUGGCUGUAACAACAGCGAUUCGUGUGGUGUUCUUGGCACGAAUGAGAGUGUGAAUGUUUGCAUCAUCGUUGAUCAACGCAACUUGGGGGGCCACCUUGGCCUCACGACGGUUGCCGUCGGUGACGAGGAGGACGCCGGGCUGUCGGACUCGCCACCGCUGCGCCUGCUGCUCAAUCGUGUUUUUGCGGUGCUCUGCAGCACGAGCGAGCGCGGUGUGCAAGUUCUGUUGGACGCACUCUGCACCCGCGCACCGCCGCCACUGACGGCAGUGGCGAGCGCUGAGGCCGCUAUCGUGCAUGAGGAUGAUGGUGGGCCACGCGUGCCACCUGCGCUGUGGCUCGCACGGAGCCAAGAGACAGGCAGCACUCCGCAGAACACCCCCAGAAGCGUCGGCACCUCGUCCAAUCGACGAUUCCUUUCCAAGCUUAUGCAGGGCUACUCCGCCGCCGAGGAUGUGACCGGGGCUGCAGAAAAACUGUCCCUGCAGCCGCUCUCUUCGGAUAUGGUGGCCACAACAAAGCCGAACCACGCGGCACGCACACUACCACAAGUGGCAUCCGGCACUGCAAACACGCUGCCCGCGCAUCCGUCCACCGCCUUCUCCGAAUUUCCCGGGUCGACCUCGCUGGUGAUACGACCUCCCUUGAGCUACGCCGCUGCGCUGCGCCGUCGCUCGUUGCUUUUCUUUCUACCGCAAGGUGUUGUGCCACUGAGCGUGCUGGCGAUCCACCUUCAGCUCUCCUCGCGGCCAGUGAAGUGCCAGCAGAAGGAAGCCGCAUCCGCACCCUGCGGUGGUGGGGUCGUCGACGCUCAAAGGAUUGCACUGACCUCAAUAGGAAGCGCUUCUACCGGCACUGGCGGCUUUACAAGAUCGCUUCAUGCCGUUCUUCUCGAAGAGCUAGAGCACGUGCGCGUCGGCGCCGUGCGAGCAGGAGAGGGCCACGGGCGCAACUGUGCCUCUUGCGCGUCCGAGCAGGGGUGUUACUGCGCGGUGCGGGUGCACUGUGUUUCGCACUUGCGACGGCGGAGUGACAAGCUGCUCAGGCAAAGCUCCAGCUGGGCCGCCGUGGCACGCACGGCCGAGGAAAGCGGCAGGGUGUUGGUGUGGGCGAUUGCGCGGUUGCUUGCGGGCAGCGAGAGGCCGAUGCGCACGAGUCAAGCCACGGACCUGGGGCGCCUCCUCUUGCAUGAUCUGUGGGCUGGUGAGCACUGCACCGGCGGCGAUGGGGGGAGGGAAACCGCUGCUAAAGAUCGCGCGGCGUCAACAGCGCAGGCAGGCGUGACGCCUCUCGUGGCUGUUUACUCGCCAUCGGGUCUGCUGUUUGCCUCUGCCAAGUUCUCGAUGCUUCUCAGUCACGAGGAGCAGGUGCUGCUGUCGGCUGCUGCGAUCGACCGUUUGGCUCGCUACGCGGCACCUCUCUCGUUGUGCAGGCCUCAUGCAAGUGCGGCAGCCGCCGAUGCGCUCAGCUGGACAUCCUGGCCAAUGCGCAUGGGUGAAGCCGCAGGCAAGCCUUCCGCGGCGGUGGUAAUGGACGUGCUCCUCAUCACUGUUGGCGACGCCUUGGCCUUUUGCCUGGCCUUUCCACGUGCGCCGUCUUCGGCAUCCGUGCCACCGUUGUCGUCGUUGCGGUCGGUGCAGUUGCUUCUGGAGUCCACCGUGUCAAAGGCCUGCUCUCGUGUCGAGGUGCCUUCGACCAGAACAAACGCACCGCUAGCCUCCGCUUUGGUGUUUGCAUGCACGCACAGCACUGCCCCUUACACGCCAACCUUCCACGAUGCCCUUUUCGCAGUGACAGCACUCGAGGACGCUCUGGACGCGGCGAAGGAGACGUCGUCCGCAGUGUCCGCCAACUCGGCGGCUGGUGAGCAGGUGGGCGUCGCACAAUACGUGCACCAGGUGCUUUGGCAAGAGAUGUUCCACACGCAGACACCAAAUGAACAGGGUACCGGUACCACAGCGGGGGCCGCACCAGCUCCCACUAGUGGCGCGACAUCGACACCGCGCCAGGCGAACGUGAGCGCUGCGGUGGCCGCGAGCAUCUUCAGGAACAGCACUGGCGGGGAUGGACGCCAUCCGCACAGCGUGUCAAGUGCGCUUCAGAAGGUCUUCUCGUGCCUUCCACUGCGCCACAACGACCCGAGUAACGGCGUCGCCUCGAGGCAACUGUACAUCACCGCUGCGCAGCAGCAGUCCAGCACCUACGUGAAGCAGUCGAACACAGGGGCGCACCUGUCGUCGCCGGUACCGCUACUGAAUGCGUAUUGGACGCGGUGCAGCAACCCGUACACCGCCUUUCUGCUGGCCAUGCCGCUGGAGGAGAUGCUGUGCUACGUCGCUGCCCUCGUCACCCGCAAUGAGCUGGGCACGCUGCGGCCCAGCUAUGAGCUGGGGUUGCACUCGUUCUUCUUUCUACAACGGCCUGUUGCAGCCGCGGAAGCCAAGCACCGGCACGCUGCACCCGCGAAGGCGUCGGGUUCGCGAACGUGCAAGAAUGCGAGUGUUGACGCGCAGCUGCCAGCACCGCCGACGCGGUUCGGCGUCUCGUUCGCUCGAUUUCGCUUGCAGCAGUCGCCUUGCAGUCACGCUGUCAUACCGGAGGAAUGGGCCGACGCGGAUGGCGCACCCGACGGCUCUGGCGGCCGGCUGGCCUUCUUUGAGGACCCCUCGCUGCUGUUACGACUCCACACGCAUGGUGUGUCACUCGAAGGCAGCACAGUAGAUGGGAAGCAUGGGGAGGGCAAAGGCAGUGAGCGCGCCUGCAGAGACACCAGCCAGCGGCUGAAAGAGUCCUCGUCCAUGGACGUCGCGCUAGAGACGCAGGUGUCUGUGGUGCCCGUGUGGACGCUUCUACAGGCUGCACCUGAUGAGUCGCUGGCAACCAGGGAGCGCAGCGGCUCGGGCACGGAAACGAGCGACUCGGACUCGUUCGCCGCGGCCGAUGACUUCCGUGGCGUUCACAGGUCUGUCCCCUCCAGCGCCGGCGAAGACGUGCAGCUGGUCACCUCACUCCAUUACGCUUGUCCGCAGCGGCUCCGCCGCCGCGAGCCGGCGCCUUCGCCGGUGAACGCAACGCUCUCGACACCUCCACCUGCCUCUACGCAGCAUACAUCUUCCCCGAUUUUGCCGCAUCCACAACCCUUGGACCACUUACUGCAGGCAAAUGCCACCAACACUGCCGACGUGAGACCCAAGAAAGGCUCUGUUGCUCUGGCAUGGUGUCAAGUGGAGGCGGUGGUGAGCAUCUGCGGCGACAUUACGGGAACAGGACAGAGCAUGAUGGCGAAGGCCCUGCAGCGCCAUGCGCUCUCCAGAUCCGCAGAAGCAGAACUCAUGGGCACGGGUCACAAACACGGCAGCGGCGGCGCUUCCGCGCUAUCUGCUGCCGCGCCGCCGGACAGCCUUCCAGAGGAGUGGGAGUACGCUGCUGGUGCUCCACAAAAGCUGGUGGAUCUGUGUCGCGAGGUGGUGUGGUGUCAGGAAGCGGCUCUGGCGCUGUUGGAGGGGGCUUCCUGUUUCACUUAG